AUGGAUGCUUCUGACGACAUGGAAGAUAUGUUUGUCACACCGGAUGUCAGGGCUCGCAGGAGACGCCUUCACACAGAGGCGGAGCAGCGGAGGAGAGACGCUAUUAAAGUAAACUCAACUUUUUGUGACGUCAUCGAUUGCUAGAGGGGCUUCGAUAACCUUUUGGAGCUUAUUCAUCCCGUCAAAGCAGAUCCUGGAAGCUCAUUAAUACGGAUGAGCAAAGCAACUAUCUUGAACAGAUGUAGGUGACUUCUGCCGUUCUCACAAUCCUUAAAGCUAUCUCACUGAUAUUAAGACUAGCAAAGCAAAAAUCACAAAAGCGGAUGGAGAUAGAAACUCUGCAGAACAAAGUCAAGGCUUUGCAAAUUUUAAAUUCGUAA